UCCAUUGGACUCCAGAACAAGCCCAAACUGAGGUGGAAGACAUUGCUGGGUUCCCUGGAACAGAUUUUAUAGCAGUCACUGACAUAACACAGGAGUCAGAAAAGGAUGAGCUUCCCGAAUCAGUUAUUGAGUUAAAUGGCUGUGCUGGGUCCAUCUUUGCUCCAUACCAUAGGCCUGUUUUCCCACCCACUGUUCCACCCCUCCUUCCCACUGUGGACAUUACUGAAGAAAGGAUAAGAGAACAAGAAACUCUGGAAAACAGGCUGGUUCAAUGGGUGGAGCAAGAGCUUCUGGCCCGAGCGAUCGAUGAGAUGUAUCCACUCCAUCUCCAGCCUCGUCAGGACAUCCUUGUGUCAGACAACGAGGACAGCAUCUCUUCAACAUCUGAUAUAGUUGAAGCAGCGGGUGGAGGAGGCUUGCAGCUGUUUGUCGACGCAGGGCUUCCAGUUGACUCCGAUCUGAUUCGGCAGUAUGUCAACGAUGCCCUUGCUGAAAUCCUAGCCAACAUGUUGGGAGAGAGAGAGGAACAAAGCCAAGCUCAAGUACCUCCGCUUCCCCUCAGCAGACCGUCAUCGCUGGAAUUAGUAAUCCCAACACCAGUGCCCACCCCUCAGCAUACCCCAAGACAAAGUCCCUCUCUUCCUGUUAGCACCCCAGAUAUAUCUGAGCUGGAAUCUGCAGCAGAGUCAGUGGAACCAGAACCAAAACCUGAACCUCAGCCCCUAGCAGAUCCAGAUCAAGAGGUAGUUAAAAGUCCUGUGGAGACGCCUGCCACAACCCCAAUUCCAUCUCCUCCCAGAGUAGCCACACCAUCUCCUCCCAUCUCUGAGAGAAUCCAGACCCCGAACCCACAGCCUGCCAAACUACCAUCCAACCCCUGGGGAGAUGCAGAGCUCCCCCUAGAGGAGGAGGACCCCAGAUCAGAGAGAGAGGACCUGCAGAGUCAAAGAGCUGUCGUGAUGUCUGUGGCCAAGGAAGAAGAAGCAGAGAGUCUGAUCAUGCGGUCCCCACCUGUUACGCCCCGAAUCCCAACCCCAGCCCCUCAAGCACAGUCCCCUACUGCACCUGUCCAGACCCCACCUCCUGCCACUCUCACCCCUGAGGAGAGCAGCUCCUCCAUCUCAGUCACUGAGACAGAGACCGGCGACGGGAUCAUCUCUGAGGGGGAGCUCCUCUUUAGCUACGGGCAGAUGAUCGCAGCGAGAGCUUUGGCAGAAGGAGGGGUGACACUUUCCAACCUCAAUGCUAGCCAGUCAAGCUUUCUGCAUGAUGCUCAAGAAAUGGACUAUGACCCCCCUAGUGAAGGGCAGGUGAUAAGGAGGCCACAUGUCCAUCAUCACCGUGACCCUGUCCUCUCUCUGCUAACCAAGAUGAACCAGGGCCCCAUCGCUCCACAGGAAGUACGCUACCACCCACAGCUGAACUCUGAUGAAGACAGCAGCAGCAUGGGAGAGAUGAGUGAAGGGCAAAGGCCCAGACUGACUGCAGCAGGGGAAACCAUUCUGACUGGACAUUCGCUUUUCUUGGACCAGUCUAGCCUGAAUGGGCUUAUGAGCAAUCAAGGAGAAGGACGCCCUUCGUCACCAGGCCAAUUCAGCAAGGAGCCAGGGAGGGCUCCCGGGGGGGUUGAGGAGACCCAUGGUCCCAUGAGCCUCAGAGAACUGGAAGACAUACCCAGACCGCUCCCCCGGACACGGCGAGUUACACAGAUUCAAAAUGGAGAACAGGCUUUUGAAAUUCCAAGAAAUGAACGCAGAGCUUCACCGAUUAUUAUUAUUAUUAUUAUUAUUUAUUUCUUAGCAGACGCCCUUAUCCAGGGCGACUUACAAUCGUAAGCAAAAACAUUUCAAGCGUUACAAUACAAGUAAUACAAUAAGAGCAAGAAAUACAAUAACUUUUGUUCAAGUAAAGUACAAGUUUGACAAACCACAAUUCAAUAAUACAGCAGGUAAUAGUGAUAGUUACAUCAGGAUAUGAUUAAAUAGUGAUAGUUACAUCAGGAUGUGAGUAAAUACAAAGUACUACAGGUUAAAAACUUGGCAGAUUACAGUAUUCUGAAGUACAGGAUUAAAUGCAGUAAAAUAGGGGCUGAUAAGAGCAAAAUAAAGCACAUUUACAUGAAGGGUGAUAGUGUCCCAGGAUACAAACAGAGGAGUUCUACAGGUGCUCUUUGAAGAGGUGAGUCUUAAG